CUUCCGAUAACAUACAUCGAUGGCUUUCAUGAUAUCGAAGCUGUUAGAAAGAUGGAAUAUAGGCGAUUGGGUAACACGGAUAUGGAUGUAUCCGUAAUAGGAUUUGGUGGUGCUGCUCUUAGUAGUUUUUACAGUCGCAUUAGUGACAACGACGGUAUUGAGUUAGUUGAAUACGCCAUUAAGCAGGGGAUCAACUUUAUUGAUACUGCACCAUGGUAUGGAUAUGGUAGAUCUGAAAGUCUUUUAGGCAAGGUAUUACCAAAUAUCCCACGAGAUGCAUAUUAUAUUGCAACUAAAGUAGGACGCUAUGAACCAAGUACUGACAGGAUGUUUGAUUUCUCUGCGAAAAAAAUAUUUGCCAGCGUUGAUAACAGCCUAAGAACAAUGAAACUUGACUACCUAGAUAUAUUGCAGGUACACGAUCUGGAAUUUGCUCCUUCUGUGGAUCAAAUUAUAAACGAAACUUUGCCAGCGCUGAAAAUGAUCAAAGAUAGCGGCAAAGUGAGAUAUAUUGGUAUUACCGGCUACCCGUUAAACAUUCUUAAAAAUGUGGCUGAAAAUGCAAAGAUCGAUACCAUUCUUAGCUAUUGUCGCUACUGUUUAUUCGAUACAUCACUAAAGAAUUAUAUGGACUUUUUUGAGUCUUGUGGGUUGGGUGUGAUCAAUGCUGCACCAAUUGGAAUGGGUUUACUGUCUCAGAGUGGUCCUCCGGAAUGGCAUCCAGCUACUACUGAAAUUAAAGACGCUUGUCGAAAAGCAGUAAAUUAUUGCAAUAAAAUUGGCGUUGAUAUAUGUAAAUUAGCUGUACGCUCUUGUAUUGACUGCAAGAGAUUGGCAACAACAGUUAUUAGCUCGACAAAUAUCGAUAUUUUGAAAAGUAAUCUUACUACUGCGCAUGAGCCGCUAACCCAAGCUGAACUUAGAGCGUUGAAAUACAUCAAAAAUAAAUAUUUCCAAGAUCUUAAGAGCAACGAUUGGGAAGGAUUUGAAGUAGCUAAAUAUCGUAGACAAUUGAACGGGCAUUAA